CUGAGUCUCAUGCUGUGACAGAACAGUCGAGAGUCGAGUCUCGCAUCAGUCGGCUAGGCUUUGGAUCCCGAAAGUUCACCAAGCAAGCCACAAAUUUCAACCCUUUUUAUUUCGCCUCGACUUCACACAGCAAGCGACCCCAUCCAGACAGCUGUGAAAGGACGGCGCGACUUGAACAUGCUGCUGCAGAGCCAAGCUUGAUCGGAAGACGGACCUUCGCAGACGGUGGGGCAAACCGUAUCGUGUGACACAUUCAGAUAUCAUCUGUCACGUACCGCUGCUCAGAGUCUAGGAGACGAGGCCUAUAGGAUCGGGUGGAAAUGUGGCUGAUGGCGGCUACGAGCAGGCUCUCUCGUUGUUCGGGCGGGACGUGUGAUCGUGUUGUUCAAUUUUCGCUUCUAACCAUACUCUCACGCGCAAGCCACAUUUCGGGACGCGAUCCGACUUCGGAUGCUGAAGACCCUUCCUUGGCCACAUCAACAGGUCAGGUAGCUAGGCAGGAGCGCCAUACCGCCGUCCAGAAGAAAGGCCUCUGGAAGGAACGUAUCUUGGCAAAGCGCGAGGUUGUGCGCAUCCCCUGUCUGUCGCCUUCACUGACAGCCCUGAUUGGUCUCCGCGUAUCGUACGCUUAUCGCCUUAUCAUCAGCUUCCCGUGCAGCAAGCAGCAUGCAGCUGCAUCGCUGCAGUUAGCUGUCAGGCAGGAGGAGAAGGAGGUGUGCCGCGGUGCAGGCUACACGCAUCUUAGGCUGCAGCAGGUCCGCACGACAACGCGUGCUCUUCUUCGUGGCAAAAAAAAAAAACCCCGCGAACUGGUUAUCUUCAAACGCAUGAAUCUUCUUGGGCGGAAGACUCAGGAACAGCAAGCCUCUGGUCGGGGACCAAUUCUUGGCCUUCUUGUCAGUGCUCUCACGCUUCGCUUCUGAUCACAAAGACCGAGAACUUCAAUGGGUAAUCAUGCUGAAGCAGCCCG